UGAUAGCUGUGCGUUCCCGGUGCUAUUUCGUACAUAUUGCCAUCUUCAGAACCCUCAAGAGCUAGCUCUCACUUCUUCUGCCGUUCUAACGACGUUCGCCUACUUGUGCAUCUUGUAGUUUCCGUAUCGGGUCGAAGGGUGCCUUGGAGAAGCCACGUGAUGAACGGGUCACCACGGUGCUCGGCCUUGAAAGUUGUUUGCACCCCGCCCCCGUGCCGCAUCCACAACACCGUCUGCAGAGGAUAUUGAUCUCGAAGUUGAAUUUGGCGACAACAACCCUUGGCCUACUGUACCGCCACACAACCGGUCGAUCGCAAGCGGGGAAAGCAGGCCGAGGGCAGGAGUGGCAGUACUUGGACUCGCUGCUUGGACUGACCAAACCGGAUAAACGCCCCAAGACAUCGACAACCGGCGGCUAUGGUGCAUGAUGAGAGGUUGUGCGCCGGUGACGGCGGAGAACAUCAUGUUUGUCGCUGCGCAGCGCACUGUUUUCUGAGGAGAAGCAUUCGCACUGACCUGGGAAACGGUGUACGGCGUUCCCGGUAUGGAACCGAUCCGGCCAUCCCAUCAAAGUAGUUAAGUUUUCCAACAAAACACCAAUUUGCCGCAGGCCGUUUGGUUGCAAAUUGCGCGGCGAGGCCACACGAACACGGAAAGAGGCCCGUGCGUGUUAUCAAAUAAGGUGCAUUUGGUGAGCUUGAUUUGGUGCGCCGUCUCCGCUGGGCCGACCGGCCAGCCAGCGAAAGUCGUCAUGUGCAAAACGAAUUAGAUAAAACUAUCAACGCUCGGUGUGCGACGGCUGUCCCCUCCCGUGGUGUCUUCGCGCUCGGAGAAGGGGAUUACGGUGGUGUCAGAGUUGCAUCACAGCGACGGUCGAAGGCAGGUUUGUGGAUUGUGUGUGGUAACCGCAGAGUGGCUGGGCUGAGUAAUAGCCACAGGGCGCCAAACCCUCCUUACUUGCCGAGAACGCUGGUGCUCUGGUGCAGUGCAGCACCUUCUUCCAAACGAAAUAGCCUACUCUGCAGAGCGGCAAUAACGAACAAGCUCCCCCGGGCGGAAUGGCAUCACGCGAUACAGCCGCCUCUAGUGUGCCUAGGAAAGCGGCUAAGGAUAAGCCGGUGGCGGGAGCUAAUCUCCACUCCACCAGCUCACGCUCGUUAGAAGCCACCGACGAAGCGACAGUGACCGGAACCGGUCUGUCCGAGUAUCGUAAUCUGUUGGGUGCGGAGUAUCGCGAAUAUCGUGAUAUGACGAAGCGCUACAAAGUGACGGUACCGUUCGCGAAAGAUGUGUCCGUGACGCCAGAGAUGCUGAAGAAGUUCGUACUGGGCAGCCAACGGAUUCAGCAGAUGAUUGACGAGCAAACGGGUAUCGAUCCGAAGCAACGUGCCUGGCUGGUGAAAAAGAUUCGCGACAUGCUUGAGGAGAUAGCGCUGGCACAGAGUCUACCGGUAAUCAGGACGCUCGGUACGCUGCUGAACGGCAUCUUUGAUCGGAUCUACAGCGGGCUGUACGUGAAUGAGGUGAAGCUGAAGCAGCUACAGGCCCAGUUCGGCAAACAGACCGUUCUGUACCUCCCCAGCCAUCGGAGCUACGGUGACUUCAUACUGAUGUCGUACGUACUGUUCUGCUACAACAUCGCCAUCCCGGGCAUUGCAGCCGGUAUGGAUUUUCAUUCGAUGGCCGGCAUGGGCGAUGCACUACGCAAGACCGGUGCGUUUUAUAUGCGCCGUAGCUAUGGCAACGAUCGUCGGUACUGGUACAUCUUUCGGGAGUACAUGCGACAACUCAUCGUGGCGUAUGAGCGGGGUAUCGAGUUCUUCAUCGAGGGUACACGUAGCCGGAGCAACAAGGCACUCACACCAAAGAUUGGUCUGCUGUCGAUGGCGCUCGAGCCGCUCUUUAUGGGCGAGGUACCGGAUGUGCUGAUCGUACCGGUAAGCGUAUCGUACGAUCGGCCACUUGAGGAGCAACUGUUCGUGUAUGAGCUGCUCGGUGUGCCAAAGCCGAAGGAGACAACCCUCGGAAUGCUCAAGGGCAUCGGCAAGCUGAUGUCGGAGAACUUUGGCACAAUAUAUCUCGAAUUUGGGGACGCUUUCUCGGCGAAGGAGUACUUUGGUGGAAAGCUAAACCGCAGCCAGCACUCGGUCGCACCGUCGUUCGCUCAAAUCCUAUCGAAGCAGGAACGUGAAGCCAUCCAGAACCUCGCCAACGAGGUGGUUCAUCUGCAGCAGCGUCGGAUGGUCCUUACCACUUUCCAUCUGGUCGCACUGUACUACAACUUCCGCAAGUACCAGGGUGAGUCAGUCACGCUGGCGCAUCUUAUCGACGGUGUCCGUCAGCUUGGCGCGUUGCUGGCCGAUCUGGGUGCCAUCACGGAGGUGGAGCAACUGGAAGGGCACGCGGUGGAGAAGCAAAUUCUUGCCUCACUAGACGUACACCGGAACAUUCUGCAGCUUUCCGCGACCGAUCGGACGCUGGUAAUUGCGAAAACGCAUCAUGAUUUCAGCCAGGUGGACAAACGGAAACUAAAAGGAUACAAUCUGUCCGAUGGGGUAAUGAAGCUUUCGGUACCGAUCUUCUCGCUACAACUGUACUGUAACCCAUGUCUGCAUUGGCUGGCCGUUCCGGCGAUGAUCCUGUUGGUAGCAGCCGCCGCACCACCAUCCAUACUCAACCGCGAGACACUUCGGAGGGCGGUGCGACAGCUACGGGAGCUGUACUGCCUUGAGUUUGUGCUGUGUGCGAAUCGUGAGGAACACGAUUUCCGGGCGGCAUUCGAGCAUCUCGAGCGACAGGGAUUGCUCACAUCGACCGGGCCCGGCAGUAGUAGUGAUAGUGACCGGCGGGUAUCAAUUGCGGCCGGCAAGGAAGAGACGGCUGCCAUUUAUCUGAGUGUUCUCGGACCCUUCCUGUGUACCUACCUGCAGGUGACCAAUGUGUUGCUUGACACGUUCAGGAACCAACGAAAGCCCUUCACCGAGAAGGACUAUCUCGCCGAGGUACAGCAGUACGUGGAGCAGCUACUGCUGCGCCAGGAUCGCAACGUGCACCCGUACUGUCUCUCGCUGGACAGUAUCAGCCUCGCACUGCACUCACUAGUCGCGCUCGGUGGAAUCACGAAAAGUAAACGGGACGAGGGGGGAUACGCUUACGAUCUGACCGCGAUGACUACGAUUGAGGAGAUCAACGGCCAGCUGAGAGUGUACAGUGAGCUGCUUCCCUUCCAGUAUCUCACCUUCCAGAGUGCGGUUACUGGGAGCAAAUUGUAGAUGGGAGAACACUAGACAUGUUAACUCAACCCAUCGCCAUAGCAUCCUUCGGUUCUUUUUAUUGUUUCUUUGAGGGGUAGUGGUACAGCAUCAUGAUGUGGUAAGACGACGCCCGGCAAUGGGUCAAAUCCAAGCGUAUGCUCAACGCUGAAAAGACUAGCAGAUCCAUCUUAGAGAUUUUCUUUUUAAUCGCUUGUUUUGUAUUUGCAUAAAGUAUUGCAUUUUAUUUUAUUUUUUAACAAUCGUUCAUUGUUGUGGUCAUUU